AUGCCCAGCAUCACGUCAAAGUUACCUUUGUUUCCCUUGAAUACAAAGUCAUGGUCACAUAUCAAAUCGCUACCGCUCGCCGAUCCACAAUUCGCGACGCCGGGACAGAUUGAUUUGUUGUUGGCCGGUGACGUUUACGGUUUAAUCAUUCAAAGUGGUCUAUGCAAAGGACAACCAGGUGAGCCAAUUGCUCAAAACACUUCGCUCGGCUGGAUUUUAAGCGGAGAAGUUGCUCUUCAAAAUCAUGUCAACGCUUUUCCCGUUCAGAAUUUCCACGUAUCCAAAGUUGAAAUCGGCGAGUAUAUAAAAAAAUUCUACGAAAUUGAAGAAGUAACUGCAACUCGUGAAUUGUCCAAGGAGGAGAAAUGGACCGUCGAGCAUUACAAUCGCACGUAUCAACGUCAAGCUAAUGGCAAGUUCAUGGUUCGUUUGCCUUUCAAAUUUCUAUUCGAUCCUACCAUUCAAUUGGGCUCGUCAUUUUCAAUGGCACUCAAACGAUUUCAAUGGCUAAAGCGUCGUUUUCAUCGCGAUAGUAAAUUUCAUGAGGCAUACGUGCAAACAUUCAACGAAUACAAGCAACUUAAUCAGGUCAAGUUAGUCGAAUCAAUCAACGACGAUCUUCAAAAUCCGGCUUCAAUUAAGCAUUUUUAUUUACCUCAUCACGCCGUAAUAAAGGAGAGUAGUCUCACAACGAAAUUACGUCAAGUUUUCGAUGGUUCAGCAAAAUCAUCAAAUGGCAAUUCGCUAAACGAUAUCCUCACCACCGGCCCGUCGUUACAAAGUGAUAUCGUUUCAAUCAUUCUCAAUUGGCGUGCCCAUAAAUUUGUUUUCAUCGCCGACAUUGAAAAAAUGUACCGUUGCAUCGAUGUACAUCCCGAUGAUACCGAUUAUCAACGACUCAUUUGGGAGGAAGGCUCUCAACUACAAACAUAUUCACUGCAAACCGUCACCUUCGGCAUCAAGCCAUCAGCAUUCCUUGCUCAACAAACACUUCAUACGUUAGCCGAUCUCGAAAUUGAUACGUAUCCGCUCGCUCAUACGGCAAUAAAGAAAGAAACAUACGUCGAUGACGUCACGUCUGGCAGUGAUACGAUUGAACACGCGAUCGUGUUAACAAAUCAAUUGAUUCAAAUGCUACGCGGCGCUGGUUUCGAAUUACGAAAAUGGGCUAGCAAUUCCACGGAAAUUUUACGAAACAUUCCACAAGAAUAUCAUGAACAAAACACAACUUGUUUACUCAACGCAGUUGAUAAUGUCAAAGCCCUCGGUUUGUGUUGGUCAACAACAAAGGAUUGUUUCUACUUUAACGUGAAUUUUUCGGUUUGUCAGUCAACGCGCACCAAACGAACGGUUUUAUCAAUCAUAGCCCGCCUAUUCGAUCCACUCGGCUGGUUAAAUCCGUUUGUCACGAAAGCAAAAUUGUUUCUCAACAAGCUGUGGGAGGCUAAUCUGGAAUGGGAUACGGCAUUACCACCGAACUUUGAAAUCGAAUGGAGCGAUAUCUUGCAGCAAUUUCAAUUCAUCAAUCAAUUAACGAUCCCGCGUUGGAUUUGUACCACCAGUGAAAGCAAGCGCAACGAAUUGCAUGUUUUUUGUGACAGCUCAAACAAAGCACACACUACCGCUAUUCAUUUACGAACGAUCAACUCAUCGAAUGUAAUUCACGUAAGUUUACUCAUUGCAAAAAGUAAAGUAAACCCCGUUCGCAAACCUCUAUCAACUCCAAGAGGUGAAUUAUGUGGCGCCGUUCUAGCGGUUAAAGCGUUGGAAUAUGUCAAAGAAAAUUUUCGACUCAAAAUAGAUCAAACAUUUUUAUGGACCGAUUCGUCAGUCGUAUUGUCAUGGAUUCGAGGCGAUCCUAAUCGCUGGGCAGUUUUUGUUUCGAAUCGCAUCCACCGCAUACUCACAUCGACUGAUAUCAAAGAUUGGAGACACGUAGUUUCAAAUGACAAUGUCGCUGAUUUGAAUAGUCGUGGCUUAACUGUCACACAGCUUCGUGAUUCAACGCUGUGGUGGAAUGGUCCUGCCUGGCUAUCAUUGCCAGCAAAUGAAUGGCCGAAUUCUCCACUCAACAUCAUCAACGAUGAUCCAGUAGAACUUCGUUCGAAAUUCAAAUCAAUAAACGUAACAACCAACGAAAUAUCGCGACUUGAUUCCAUUUUGUUUCGAUUUUCAAAUUUCAAUCGUCUUCGUUACAGCAUAGCUUAUCUCCUCAGGUACGUGCAAAAAUUGCGAAAUGUCAUCGAACUCAAAAAACAAGGCAGUCAACCGCACUUCAUAACAUCAUCACUCUCAAUCAAGGACAAAAUCAAUAACAUUCCACAUCCAACAGUUGAAGAGCUAGAAAGAGCUGAAAUUGCAAUCAUUCGCUGGGUGCAGCACGAGCAUUUUGGUGCUGAGCUCAACACACUAACCAAUAAUGAACCAAUUUCGCGAAAAAACAAACUUUUCCGUCUCGCACCGUUCAUCGACAGCAGUGGUAUGCUACGAGUAGGUGGCCGUCUCACCAACGCACUCAUUCCGUACAGCGAAAAGUUUCCACUCAUUUUGCCUUCAAAGCAUCGCAUUGCUUCAUUAAUCGUUGAUUUUCAUCACAAGCAAACACUUCAUGGUGGCUCGUUAGUCACCUCAAAUCAAAUUCGCCAAAAAUUUUGGAUCUUGGAUCUGCGCAAUUUUGCUCGUCAUCUCAUUCAAAAAUGCGUUAUUUGUUUUAAAAAUAAACCAGUUUUAUCUCGUCAACUCAUGGGCUCAUUGCCAUCGCAUCGUGUGAACGAUCAAUCAAGACCGUUCUCAGCUACGAUCAUUGAUUACGCCGGUCCUUACGAUAUUCGUACAUCAAGGGGCAGAGGUCAAAAAUCAUAUAAGGGCUAUGUUGCAGUUUUCACUUGCAUGGCGACCAAGGCAGUUCAUUUAGAACUCGCCGGUGAUUUAUCGACACAAACGUUUCUUCACGCGUUCGAUCGAUUCAUUGCACGACGUGGAUUGUGCCAUGACGUUUUCAGUGAUUGCGGCACAAAUUUUGUUGGCGCUGAUAAUGAUAUGAAACGCUCUCAAGCGGAUUUUGAAAUGCUCAUGUCCAAAGAAGUUUUGCCUCAUCUGAAUAAUCGUGGCAUCAAAUGGCAUUUCAGUUUGGCCGAAGCCGCAGUAAAGUCAAUGAAAUUUCAUUUUUGUCGGAUCAUUGGCCAAGCUAAACUCACCUUCGAGGAAUUCUCUACAGUCUUAGCACGUAUUGAGGCUGUGCUAAAUUCGCGCCCCAUUUCACCGAUAAGCAACGAUCCUAAUGAUCUCAAUGCUUUGACCCCAGGUCAUUUUCUCAUUGGGGGCGCUUUAUUGGCGCGACCACAACCACCGACAUCGUGUAAUCCAGUCAAACGCUAUCAAAUGAUGGAAACAAUGGUACAACAUUUUUGGCAACGUUUCCGCAACGAUAUUUUAUCUACAAUGCAAGUACGCACAAAGUGGCAAGAUCAACAACCGAAUUUAAACAUCGACGAUUUAGUUCUCAUCAAGGAUGAUCGAUUCCCAGUCAAUCAAUGGCCAAUGGGUCGUAUCAUCGGAAUUCAUCCUGGGGCGGACAAAUUAGUUCGCGCCGUCUCAAUUCGAACUCCGCACGGCAUGCUCAAAAGACCGAUCACAAAGUUGUGUAUUAUUCCGACACAACACGAUAUUUAG